AUGUUUAUGAAUAUAAUUUUCUUGAGACUUGUGAUACCUGCUUUCUAGAUUCAAUAAUUACAAUUCUUAGAUUAGGAAAAAAUAAAGUUGGGCAGUCUUUUUUAUCAGAUGGCUAUAAAUAAUGAAAAUGAUGAAUAAAAUUUUUUAAAUCUAAAUUUUCAAUUACUACACAAGGUUUAAGAAUUUGAUACUUACUCUAAUCUUUAUUAAAAUUAUCACUUUUUAUAAAGAAAUAUCAAUGAAACUCUAUUAUUAGUAAAUGAUAAAUUGAAGCUUAAAGCUUUAUUAUCAUUUAAUGACUUUCUAAUAAAUGAUAAAUUAAUAGCAAAAAUAUCAGAUUUUUCAAUUUAACUACCUGAAGAAAAUUGUGAAAAAUUUUACUUUCUAAAAGACGAUCAUCUUCUUGCUGUUUGCAAAUACAAGGGAAAUUACAUAUAAACUUUUACACUUAACAAAUUAAAAAUACUUGGAUUAAAAAUAGCUUACGUAUGA